GGCUGUAAAAGUAAAUGUGUCAUUUAUAAACGUAUUGGCAAAAAUUGAAGAAACUUUUGAAAGUAUUUGGAUACGGUGCUAGAAAAAACUUAAGUUCGAAGCAAUUAAAGUGAGAUUUAAGAUGGAUGUCAACCAUUUAGGAUCGUGGAAAAUUGCGUCGGCUCAACCAUUUUAUCCGAUUGGUGUGGGAUGCAUUGAGUUCGAUGACAAAAGUGGUGCUGUAGCAACAUACACCGCGCAAACAAUCAAUACAUUUAUAUUUCAAAAUUUUGGCGAUGGCAUCGAAAACGAUAAACCGGCAAACAAAAGUUAUUUACACAAAUCAUUUUUCCCAGAACGUAUUAGAGAUGCGGUGAUUACCAGUGAGUCGGUGAUUUUGCUUGAAAAUGGCCAGAUCAAGUAUUUUGCAUCAUCGAAAGAUUUAGUAACCGUUGAGUAUUUGUCUGGCGUUCAAACGAUUUGUUCGACACAACAUGGUUUUGCAUUGAUCAAAAUAUCGUCGGAUGGCACAAAAUUUUUUAUUGAAUUUCAUCCGCGAAUAUUCCAUCGACACAGCAGACCAGAAAGCAAUGAAUACGAUAUUAGUUUUAGCAAAAUAAUGGAGCUACAAAAUACAUGGCGGCAAUGUCACUUCAAAGUAAAAGAAUUGUGCAUUAAGAAUUACAGCGAAAAUCAAUUUUUGAAAAAAUUAAUAUCGGAUGAUAUUGGAGUGAAUGCGAACGAUGAUUUUUACAUAUUUCUAUCGAUUGACAAUAGUUUAUGUUCGAUACAUAUCGUGGACGAACAGUCGUAUGUGAAUCCAAUUGUUAUGUGUACGACGAAAAUCGUUGAUUUUUGGGCAGCCAAAGACGGUAAUUACAUAAUUUUAUUGCUUGAGAAUGGCACACUUGAAGCCCAUUAUUUAACGAGCAUUGACAACAGCAUCAAUAAGAAAACCUUUUACUUUGGCAAUGAAAUUCAAACAUACCACUAUCAUGGUCAUGACGGCAUUUUCAUGUUUUCAAAUGGAGUCAACGUUGAAUAUGGUAUGAUCGAAUUUAAUGUCGAAUUGGAUUCAUUUAAAUUCAAACGAAAGGCGUUUAAUUUGCCCGGAAUCGUUGCCAUGACUUAUUUGCCGGGGUACAAGUUGAUUUUGUGCGUUAGUGAAAAUUGCCACUUUUACAAAAUUGCGGUUCGGAUUCAAGAGCCGGUACGCAUUAACGACGAAUGGAUUGAAUUGGAUCAAAAUAUACAAUCGCAACUAUCGAAUGUAAAAUAUCAAUUGAUCGAGCUAACCGAUGCGUAUGAAAAUUUGGUGAAUCAACAGGAGCAACAGCGUAAAGUGUUGAACGUAAUUAAAUUCAGGCGAAACGAUUUGGAUGACACUGAAAAUGAUAUCGGUAAAAUUGGAUAUCGUUUUGUUGGUGCUUGUUCGGUGACGCAAAUGCCGCCAAUUCAACAACACCAUAUAAAUUCAAAAAAUAACUUAAUUUAUGUAUCAAAUUCAAUGGUUUACGAUCGAAUAACAUCAUUUUUUGUCACUAUAAAAAUAUCAACAACCGUUAAAUAUGCAAAUGAAUUCGGUGAGGAUUUAUGGUACUUAUCUUGUAGAUGGUUAAACGAUAAACACGAAAAUUUGUAUGCGAGUAUCAAGUUAAACGAGGGCCGACUAGCCGAUACAAUACCAAUAACGCUCAUAAUUCAUUUACAACAAACACAUUUGCCAUGCUUUACUGUUGACAUUUCAACGCGUGUAGCAUGUGGACGAGCACCGGCAAAUCGGUCGCUCUGUUUGAAUUUUCCGGUACGUUUAGAUCAGCCGGACUAUUGUGAAAUGAUGCAUGUCUCAUCGGUUCUAUCUCAGGUUAACGAGAUAUCGGACGAUAAAAGUCUAAUGUGCAGCAUUUUAGCGCCAAAAACGGUACCACUCAAUGAUAUCAUUUCGGAAAUGAUGGACUUGGAACAACGAACACAAGCCAUGGAUUUAAAAUGUGGAAGUAAUCAAAAAGUAUACGAAUUCUAUUUGUUGGGCAAAACAUUGACGGCAAUUCAUUUUCCUGAUACCGAAACAUUACGACUCGUAUCUAUUGAUGCCGACUUUAUGCAGUCAUUCAAACAGCAUUUACACCGAAAAAUCGAGACCAAAUUAUCUAAUCUUGGCCUUGAAUUUGAUGUCAAAGUGUCGACGGAUGCCCUGAAGGAAUAUUGUAGCGCAGAUAAUUUUUUGAAUGCCAUUCUAAAUGCAUCGGAUAUUACGAAUAAAACGAACGAAAUGUUGCACUGUAUGAGAAAAGUUCGACAAAUAAAGUUUUUGUCGCCGUUUUCGUGAAUCCAAAAAAAACUGGUAUCUAUGGAAAAUUUCAUUCGAUUUGUUUGUUAAAUUUGAUGUGAGCACAUUAAAAACCAAAUGGAUAUCUCAUUUCGCUGCAGUACAUAGAAUUCGGUAUUUUUAACAUAUUUCCAUCAAGGAGAUGCUGCCAUUUGAUUUCCUUACCUUGUACGAAAAUUCAAUGGAACAAACACAAAAACGUCCCGAAAAUAAACCUCAAAUAAUAAAUUCAACAUUUUAAGAACAAAA